CCUUCUGAGCAAGAGUCCUUAAUAGAAAAUAAUAACAUCGAUAAUGAAAUUAUAAUCAAUACAGAUUUAGAGGAAAGUGAGAAUCCGAUAGAUACUUCAGAAUUAAAUAAUAACCUAACCUUUGUAGACUAG